CAAUCUGAAAAAAAUCACAGCUUUUACAAAUAAUUUUUAUUACAGUUUGACGAGGGUAGGGAGAAGAAGUGAGUACAUUGUACAAAGACCAGAGUGAGGACCCGGGAGACACGAAAACCCACGAGUCCUCACUCGAGCAACCAAAGCAUCUACCCAAAGUGGCGGGAAAACUCGAAGAGAAAUCCCACCAACCACAAGGGAACUAGAAGAAACCCGCUUGAUCCGACUCACUGAUUUUGAAACUCGACGGAGAUGAGGGAGAGAGGGAAAGGAACCGAGGCAUCGGUGGAGGAGAGGUACACCCAGUGGAAAUCUUUGGUCCCAGUUCUAUACGACUGGCUCGCCAAUCACAAUCUCGUUUGGCCUUCUCUCUCUUGCCGAUGGGGUCCGCAACUAGAGCAAGCCACUUACAAGAACCGCCAGCGUCUUUAUCUUUCUGAACAGACUGAUGGCAGUGUUCCAAACACACUAGUUAUAGCAAACUGUGAAGUUGUCAAACCUAGGGUUGCUGCUGCAGAACACAUAUCUCAGUUCAACGAAGAAGCACGAUCUCCCUUUGUGAAAAAGUAUAAAACUAUUAUUCAUCCAGGCGAGGUAAACAGAAUCAGGGAGCUACCACAGAACAGUAAGAUAGUGGCUACGCAUACUGAUAGUCCUGAUGUCUUCAUUUGGGAUGUGGAGGCUCAGCCUAAUCGCCAUGCUGUGCUGGGAGCGUCAAAUUCUCGUCCUGAUUUGCUACUAACUGGGCAUCAAGAUAAUGCUGAAUUUGCACUUGCUAUGUGCCCUACUGAACCUUUUGUACUUUCUGGAGGCAAGGAUAAGUCGGUAGUUUUGUGGAGCAUUCAUGAUCAUAUCUCAACGUUAGGGUCAGACUCAGUAGCCACUAAAUCUCCAGGAUCUGGUGGAACCAAUGCUAAACAUGGCUCUAAAGCUGGUGGGAGUAAUUAUAAACCUACAGAUAGCCCUUCUAUUGGGCCACGAGGUGUCUACCUAGGGCAUGAUGAUACUGUAGAGGAUGUGCAGUUUUGCCCAUCAAGUCCUCAGGAGUUCUGUAGCGUAGGUGAUGAUUGCUGCCUCAUACUAUGGGAUGCUAGAUCCGGCUCUACUCCCUCUGUGAAGGUCGAAAAAGCUCAUGAUGCUGAUCUUCAUUGCGUUGAUUGGAACCCUCAUGAUGUCAAUCUAAUUCUAACAGGAUCUGCUGAUAACACUAUCCGAAUGUUUGACCGUCGUAAUCUCACUUCUGGUGGUGUUGGAUCACCAGUCCAUAAAUUUGAGGGUCAUAAUGCAGCUGUCCUCUGUGUGCAGUGGUCUCCAGACAAGUCAUCCGUUUUUGGAAGUUCUGCUGAGGACGGGAUUUUAAAUAUAUGGGAUCAUGAGAAGAUUGGCAAAAAGCAAAAUUCUGCUGGAUCAAAGUUGCCAAAUGCUCCUGCAGGCUUGUUUUUCAGGCACGCUGGUCAUAGGGACAAGGUAGUUGAUUUUCACUGGAAUGUAUCUGAUCCAUGGACGAUCGUUAGCGUGUCUGAUGAUUGUGAAAGCACUGGAGGAGGUGGUACACUUCAGAUAUGGCGGAUGAUUGAUUUGAUAUACCGACCGGAGGAAGAGGUCCUAGCGGAGCUGGACCAGUUCAAGUCCCACAUACUGACUUGUGCUUCUUGAUGCCUCUCUGAGCAUGAUAGGUUGGAUCAGGAAUUUUUAAUUUCUAUUUUUUUUUCUUCUGUUCAUUAUGAGUACUUAUUUGCCAAUUGCAAAGAUUCCCAGUUUAUGUAAGAAAAAAAAAAAAGAAUUAGCGGCCAAGGAAGAGAUGAGGAGAACCAGAACCAGUUACUGUUCACAACAUUUGAAUCAGUAGUUGUUUUUUAUUUAUUUUUGGUUUCAUGGGGAUGGAAGCCAGGUGUUUUAGUUUA